CACCUUGCAAUGAAUAUGUGACUGUAUUCCUCCAUCGAACAUUACAGGUCAUGGCGUGCGUGCAACUCAGCAAGGAAAUAUUUGAAAUUAAAGUUAACGUAUGUAUUGAUAGGUCUACACGCUCAAGUUCAGUGAAGGUAAUGGCGUUUUUAUUUUAUUUUUUCACUUGAGCAUAAACAUUUCCCAUAACGUGCUGGUGAAUAGAUAGAUAAGUGUUAAGCGUUUCUGUUUCUUUAUUUCCAGGUGAUGUACAUACUCAUCAUCUCUCUGUCGCUGAUCACCAGCACUUCCAGUCAGCGUGGCUUGACCUGGUGGAGGGAGUUGAAAAGCGGCCAUGAUGGUUGGCCCAAAACCAGCCUAGCACUUGACCAGCAUCUUGACCCUGCGUCUCAAAAGCCUUUGGUCAAACGCAAGUUACUCCCCCACUCCAUAUUGUCAGAGGCUGGGAUUGUCACGGAACUUCUGAGUCGAGACUACGGGCGAGCGCUCCAUCUUCGAACGGACAUCCCAGAGGACACAGAAACUGUAGUGGACAUAGAUGCCGCUGAGGAGGAGGAGGAAGUACUAGUACUACCUCAGAGCUCGAGUCAACUAGAAUCAAACGCAGCUAACCAGAUGUUAGAACCAGCGAAGGUCCUCGGUGUGACUAGGGGCACGGCAAUCCUGCUGCCUCUUGCAGGAAGAAAUGUCACCAAUAGUAUCACUUUUUCUACAUCUGAUUUACUCAUCCACAUCUUCCGAGUCAUCGCAUCGGACUACAACAUCAUCCUUCUUCACGAUGAUCAUCCAGAAACGCAGAAUGCGGUCAGCCGUCUUUUGAAAGAGGAAUCUCGGUCCAGGUUGAUAAUCGUAAACAUCAGCGACCGGAAAUUGGCAGACGAGGUAUGGAUGGGGCAUUAUAACGACGGGAUGGACGUCCAUAUUCUUUUUUACAGUGAAGUGGCGACCGUGACGACGUUCGCAGACGGCAUGCCACACCCCGUAUGGGCCCCUGAUCACCUGCUACUGAUCAACGCCGGCGGCGGGGAUGAGAACGCAACGGCCCUCCUGAGGCACAAAGCGUUCAGCCACAGCCCCUACCUCACCCUCCUGCAGGAGGACCGAAGGAUUCAAUCUCGCACCAUCUACGAGAUCCUGGUCUACGAAGCCUUCAGGAAAGGGAACAAGGUCAUCAAGAGAGGGUCCAUACGUUCGCCAAAUGACAGCACCUUGACCUUCGACGUCCUGUUUCCCGACAGGUUCGAGAGCUUCCACGGUCACUAUUUCCAUCUGUCGAGUUGGGUCGACGAUUUCCCCUACAUGGUGAAGGGGAAGACGCUCGAGGACACCCAUGGGAUGUGUAUCUACAUGCUGGACGAUAUCGCUGGGCGUCUCAAUUUCACUUACAAGGUGUAUGAACUGCCCGAGGAUCAUCUCUGGGGAGAUUUGCACAACGGUUCUUGGCGGGGUAUGAUCGGAGAGGUCUGGAGAGGAGAGAGGGACUUUUGCAUCAACGUCAUGUCCCUGGUUGAGGACCGAUUCCAGGCGGUGGACUUCAGCGUCCCUUACUUCCUGGAUUCUGAUUCCUUCGUCAUCAGGAACCCUGAUGCCCCACCGAGGUGGCCGUCCAUCAUCUUCCCCUUCAGCUGGGUCACCUGGAUAGCUGUUGGGAUAACGCUGUUGCUUGUGCCCAUCUUCUUCUUGUGUUUGCAGACGCUCAAGGGCGCAGUGACAUUCGACUCGAGUUCGCUGUUCAUGGAGGUCACCAAGGCUCUCCUGUGGCUGGACUUCUCACCCACUACGUCCCACCUGUCCAUCAGAAUAUUCGUUGGAAACUGGUGGCUGAUGGCAAUGAUUCUCUCGAUCUCGUACACCGGCAACCUCAUCGCUUUCAUCACGAUUCCCGCCAAGGCGCACAAGAUGAAGACUCUGCAAGAGGUUGCAGAAUCGGAUCUCACACCCGUGAUGAUUGACUAUGGGAAUUACAUGCCCAGCGUCAUGAAGCAAUCGGGAGACAAAACCUUGAUGAAAUUGGGAGACAAACUGCAGUUCUUGCCCAAUAACGAUUACCAGGCUGGCUUUGAUAUGGUGGAGGCGGGCACGGCAGGGUUCAUGGAAGGCACCGAGUACUUCCGCUACAUGGUCAUCCUCUUCAAGGCCUGGAACACCUACUUCCUGGAGCAGGCGUUCUUCCCGAGCUACGUCGGCUGGAUCUACCCGAAGAAGACCGCCUGGAAGCACAAGUUCGACAAGUACUUGCAGCGCUUCGUCGAAGCCGGUCUCCCAACCUACUGGCGUAAUAAACUGGCCGAAGACUUUCGAAGAGAAAUGAAUUUAACUCGAGUCAAGUCAGAAGACACAUCGAGACCACUGAAUAUCUUAGAUCUACAGGGAGUGUUCAUCGUGUACGCCUUCUGCUUGGCCAUAUCCAUCGUAGUGGGUCUGGUUGAGAUCGUUCUGUGUCGCUGACUCUGGAAAAUCCUCUCCUGAUGGUUCCUGAACGAUUCCUGAACGAUUCCUGAACGAUUCCUGAUGAUUCCUGACGGCUAAUAGUCAUAUGUUCAGAGCAGUGGUUCUCAACCUGCGGUGCGGGUAGGGCGCAGAGGGAUUUAUGAUCACAGAUUGGCGGGCUCAAACGAGGUCUAGGACAACGCAAAACCCGGUGUGCAUCGGUCCGGGCUACCGAGAAGUCACGCUGGGUUUUCUCUCCACUAGCUUGUGUGUUUGUGUCAGUUUUUUGUUGCAUGUUACUUUGGAAUGCGCCUUUUGAGGCAGACAAUUUUGGAGAAUGAGGGGGAACUGGAGGAGGAUGACAUUCUAACUUAUGGCAAAUGGGUGCGUGGGUCAAAACAAGGCGUGACCCGACCUCAAGCUUGCUCAGGGCGCAUGCUUAAAUCUAAGGUCAAAUAGAGCAUUGUUUCAACGACGAAAAUUAAAAUUAUCUGGUAUAUUUUAUUAAAAUAAUUUUUUUGUACUGUUUCAAUUGCAUAUUAUUUCUUACAUUUUCAUUCUAAUAAAUAAAUCGUAAAUAUCCUAUCAUUAAAUUCCCGUAUCUUUAACUCAGCGCGAAACCGCUUUUUUAGACCUUUUUAAGUUCAAAAACA